CUUCAACAUCCAUAAACCCCAGCACCAGACACUCAAUGGCUGAAGCUCCCAGCGCCUCGGAGUUGAGAACAGACGAGGGUCCUCUCCCGCGCCUCUUAGCCCAACAAAUCCAAUGUCGACAACCACUGAUCCUCCCCUGGCACCGCUAUAAGACCGUUCGCUUGGGCACGCUCUUUCACACCUCACGACACAAUACUCCGGACCCAUGGGCCAACAGCAACACCGAGGACUCACCCUUCGAUCUGCUAGAUCUGGCGCGCGUGCCGAAACGCGUGGAUCGGGAGAUCGGGGGCCGGGCCUCGUACCAAUCCCACCACACGGCCACCACAGCCGAGACACGCGACCAUCUCGCCUUGGGGUUCACAGCCGGAGUGGGGCUGCCUUUUCUGGCUGAGGUCAGUGUCAAGGGGACGUAUGACUCCGAUGUGCAGAACAAUGAGGAUGCUGACAAAACGUCUCUCCAUUCCUCCAUCCGAGCCGGAACAGUGAUGCUCGCCCGCCAGCCCAACCUCACGAUGGAGGCAGCAAUGACUCUAAAGUACGGCGGUGGACUGCAUCGCUUUAAGGAGCGAUACGGCGACUACUAUCUGGCCGCGUAUCGGUUUGGCGGCGAUACCGCAUUGCUGAUCAGCGGGUCGACCAGCCAGACGGCGGAGAAAGAGAAUGUCGGCAUCACGGUCACGGUGGACGUGUUGCUGGUGGAAACCAGCGAGACGUGGAACUCUGCCAUGCAGAAAUUCUCGAAUUGUAGCUCUCUCCGAUUGAUUGGUUAUGACACGCUGGACGCCCGGAGUUGGAACUGCGCGACAGCGAACAGGGAAGGCCCCGGCGGCGACGCGUUUCAGGCGCAGGCGGAGGAGCUGAUUACUCGGGCGCAGGCGUUGGCAGAUCGGGUUGAGGAGCGGUUGGAUGAGCUCGAUGUGUUGGAUGGCGAUGAGUUGGACUUUGCCAAGUGUGACGAGUUGACGGCGGCGAGCUUGGUGGUAGAGCUCAUCCUGUUGCCUGUGGGGAAUCUCCGCGAGGUGAUGCGCUGGAAGCUGAAUGACGAUGCUUUGUGAGAGGACAAUGAAUGAUGAUGGAUGCUUCGAAUGCGCUUGGAAGUUCAGCGUAGAAGACAGAAUGACGCCAGAUGAGCUCGUGUCGAGUUACCUGGUUCUGCUUUCUCAGCGGCCAAUGGGAAAU